GAAAUUAGGCCAAACAGCACUUGAGUUAUUGGUCCUCAGUUUGGGAAUACACCUUCAUCUCCAGAAAGUAUUACGAUCCACCCCCUCUAGUAGAGAUAAAAAAUAAUAAUUUUGCAGCCCAUUCCUCCGUCUUCUCCCUCGUCGAUCUCGAGGGAUUCUCCCCAAACGAAGCCAGACGCCACAGGAAAAUCAGCAGGAUCCGAAGCAGAAGCAGCAGCCAAGAUUUACGCGGCGAGAGCGAGGUGUGAGGAACGAUCCGAUGGAUCAGCAACCCCAGACGGUUAGCGAGAAUUAUGCAAAUCCUAAGACAUGCUUCUUCCAUGUGCUCUUCAAGGCGGCCGCAUUGGCAUUCUACAUACUGUCAGCGCUCUUCGUGAACAACUUCAUCAUCAUCUUCGUCAUCACUGUGCUCCUUGCGGCACUUGACUUCUGGGUCGUGAAGAAUGUCAGUGGAAGGAUACUGGUUGGGUUGCGGUGGUGGAACGAGAUUAAUGACCAGGGCGAGAGCGUCUGGAAGUUUGAGUGCCUUGAUGGAGAGUCUCUUGCUAGAAUGAACAAGAAGGACUCAUGGUUGUUCUGGUGGACUCUUUAUUUUACUGCUGCUGCAUGGAUUAUUCUUGGGAUAUUCUCACUCAUCAGACUUCAAGCUGAUUACCUUCUUGUCAUUGGAGUUUGCUUGACCCUCAGUAUUGCAAACAUUGUUGGGUUCACCAAAUGCAACAAAGAUGCCAAGAAGAACAUCCAGAAUUGGACUACGAAUGCCCUUCUAACGGGGAGUGUCAGGUCACAUUUGCAGUCAGCAUUCGGUAUCUGAACAGAUGACCUAGUAUAGUGCUGUACAAUUUACGGAUAAGAUGCAUUUUUAUUUUUAUUCGCCUUGCCUAGUUUCUUCUCAACCCUAUACAUUGACCUGCACCCCAGUGUCCUUGGUAACAUUUGAUCUGCUGUCACCAAAGAGGAUGGUUUUGACUAGAGUUAAAUGCACUGGCGAGAAAAGCUCACCUCUCAGCAGUCGACGCUCAGUAGUUCCUGAUGAACUUUUGAAGUUGCUUUGGCCUUCUUAUUGAUGGUGUUGUGUUGCUACUUGACCGCGAAAAAUCCUGGUUGUGAUAGAUUGUACUCCAACUGACGACUUGAAACCUUUUUAUGUAUAAGUAUAUAUGUAAUUUAUCC